AUGCAGGCGUCCCUCAGAGACCCCAGAGCAGUGGACAGUAAUGUGAAAACGAUACUCAUGUCGUGUCUGAAAGGGCAACAAGUCAUCAUUAAAAUGGAGGCAAUGAAAAUCAUCCACCCGGAGAAGUUUUCGGAGCUGCAGGCCUCACAGCCACGCUACGCGCCAGCCCCGCGCCGUGAGCCACCCCUCGUGGCCAAGCGUGCAUGGCCCUCCGAGUCCGAGAUCAUCGUCAACCAGGCGUGUGGGGACAUCCCCGCCCUGGAUGCCACCCCCGGCCCCCUGCCGCUGCCCCGGACUCCCCCUCUGCCCCGGCGAGAGCGCGGGUACCAGAGCCAGAGGAAGGGCAGCUCGGAGGUCUGCUACCACCGGCAGCCACCGUCGGACGAGGGGAUCGUCAAACAGUACGCGCUGAUGCCGGCCGAUGCCCUGCCCCCCAACCCUGUCCAAUGGAGCAGCGACACCGACCGCAGCUGCUACCAGACCUUUCGCCAGUACUGCGGGGCUGCCUGCACCUGCCACAUCCGAAACCCGCUGUCUUCCUGCACCAUCAUGUGA